GUGAAUUGGCAUUCUACUGUCAGUUUAUCCGGAAAGAAAGCCCGUGCUCCGAAGAAAAAGAAAAGCCUUCCUGUCGAAGCCAGGGAGCGAGUCAGGCAAGGCAAGGGAUCGACAUGGGGCCAGAGACGACGCCCGAGACAAGCCCUCGUGUCUCCCACCCGGAUGUAGCGUUCGCCAUUGGGAUCGUAGAUCGCCGGCUCUGGCAGUCGAUCGGGAUCGAAGGAAGGCUGUACACCUCGCUUUCUCCCGUCUUUCGCAUCCCAAGCACAAUACCACCAAACAAAUGAUUAUUUCUUGUCCGGCUGCCAAAACUGUUGGACGUGCGACUCCAACGUUGUCGACACCCGGAUUUCGUGAAAAGGAAGGCCACAUGAUGAUGCUGGUGGGCAAAGUCUGCGGGGGUUGGCACAGGAGUUCGUUGAGGAGCAAGCUUACCGACAGCAUUGGAUUUUGUUCGGGUUCAUUGGAAUACUGGAAAAUAGUGAUGUUACUUUAAUUUAGUCCUUGAAUAUUCCAGUUUAUCCGAAAAGGAGAUGAGAGAGUAACUAUUCUUUGCCAUUUACAUAUUGCGCGUAGUAUGGUAGAGCGUGUCACCGUAGGUGAGACAUAGGUCAUGGUGGUACGUGUAACUUCUUAGGGAUUUCAGUUCUUGCUCGGAAAUUGAAUUUGUAUAGCUACAAAUAUUCUAAUUUUUUUUCUACUACUCAAAA